UUGACAUCUGACAGACGUCAGAGGUGGAUGGCCAGACGGUUAAAAUGUGAAAAAACCGUUGAUUUUGUGUUGAAAUAAUGCAAAAGUGUGUGAAAAACUGAAAAAACAAGUGUCGCAACUGAAAACGCUGAAAAUUGUUGUAGUUAAGUGUGAAAAUGUGUUUCGAAAUGUGAAAUGUCAAAACGAUCAGUGAUAAGUGUUCGUAUCCAAGCUGGCAGCCCCGGAAGGUACGAGUGGCGCCCAGCGCGCGCUCCCUUUAAGUGUUUCUUCACGGGACCAGGAAACCCUUACUGAGCUGUGCAGUGGCGAAUCACUUCCUGAAGUGGAGAUUAUCAGUCUCUUGGAAGAACAAAUUCCGAAAUACAAACUAAGGGCCGAUACAUUGACGAAAUUCGGAGGUUACGAAAAUCAGGAUUGGUUUAUACCAUCGCCGGCUUUGCAAAUCGACGAGGCCGAUCUGAAACUCUCACCGGAUCAAAUCCGUGAAACUCUUAAUUAUUUUCUUCUAUGUAGUAACCGCGUGAGCCAAAUGACCAAGACCUACGAUGACAUAGAAGCGGUAACUAGGCUUCUGGAAGAGAAAGAAAAAGAUUUAGAAUUGACAGCAAGAAUUGGGAAAGAAUUGUUACAAGCAAACAGUAAACUCGAAAAUACCAUUGCAUCGCUUGAAACGGACCUCAAAUCGGCUUUAGAAAAAAUCACACAGUUAAGUCAUGAAGUACAGAAGAAAACCGAACUUAUCCAAAUACUUACCAACGAUAUGGACGAGUCGAUUUUCGAAAAUGGGACAAGUGGACGGAUUAAUUUGGAAUUGAUGCAGAAAAGAAUGGCUGGACUUGAGGAAGAGAACAAAGCCUUGAAAUCGGAGUACAAUCGGCUAGCACGUGACACUGAAACAGUUGAAGCUAAAGAACAAAUGCUUCUAAAGGACUUAACCGGCCAACUAACAUGUGCUAACACCAGUAUGACUUUUCUUGAAGAUGAACUUGAUCGUCAAAAAGAAGAAAAUCGUUUUCAACACGAACAAAUUCUCGCACUUCAAUCGAAACUUGAAGAUAUGGAAAAAAAAUUAAACAAAUUUAUUGGUGAAAAUUACGAAUUGAAUGGUCUUUUACAAAUAACUAAAGAUAAUCAAGGCAGUCUUGCAAUUGAAUUAUCUGAAUUUAAAGCACGAUAUUAUGAAGUUGAGAGUUUAUUACGUGAUACACAAGAACAAUUGCGUAAAUUACGUAAAAAACAAAUGCCAGGUGCUAGAAUUGCAAUGUUUUCAUCAUUGGGAAUGAAUUCACAGCCGUUUGAUAGUCUACAAAGUGAAUUGGAGAUGUCGAUGCAUUCGGAAUUGAGCACCGAUUCGGGAAUUUCCAAUCCGGAUAUCCCCCAGUAUAAGAAAGUGUUCGAAACUGUACGCUGUGCUUCACAAAACUCCCUCAGUAGUGCCGACAGUCUCGGAAGUCUCCACUCCGGUCUCGGGGGCUACGCAAGUAGUACAACCGGAAGUGGCCCCCGUAUGAGCAUCCGGGCUCAAACCACCGACAUGCGACGUUCUUCCGGUUCAAUUUACAGUAGCAGUUCUCUGGGAUACCCCAGUAUUGACUCUACCGGUAAUUCAGAUACCGAAUUUAGUCAAACCGAUUCUGAUGAUGGAUACCCGGGUAGAGCCCAGAAGGGGAUUCCGGGUGUUCCGGGCGCUGCCGACCUCGAAGCAGCCCUAAAACGUCUAACUCCGGGCGAAGUCCUCGCCCGGAGAGCCAACCUCCAACACGGCCCCGCUUUCGGGGGCUAUGAGGGCGAGGGUGGAGUCCCAUUUGGGUGUCGCACCCCCGAUAGUUUGAUGUCGACGGGCUCCGGUAACUACAUGGGGUGGAAGUUACCCGAGAAGCUCCAAAUUGUCAAACCUAUUGAGGGGUCACAAACAUUGCAUCAAUGGUCGCAGUUGGCUCAGCCCACAUUUGGGGGCUUGUUGGAGGAGAGACCGGGAGUGAAAAUAAGGGGUGGGAAAGAGUUGGAGGAGAUGGGGUUGGAAUCGUACGGUUUGAGUGAUUUGGAGGAGGAUGAGGAGUAUACYAAUCCSGGGAAGAUUUUUGAUUCGUUACAACCCACUUAUACAUUGACCAAUAGCACAGUAAUGCAUCCKGAUGAUGGGACUUUUGUAACGCCCAGUGGGCGUGGCAGUCGAGUCGCGUCGGUGUGUUCGAGUUUACAGAAUUCGCCACCGCAGACUCCGGGGCAGUUGAGUCGCAGGAAUUCGUGUAGUACUUUCUCCACGACUUAUGGACUCGCUAAAAUACUGAAUGAGCGAGGGAUUAAAGCGGCCACGCCCUCCGCAUUCAAUACGCCGUCAGGAGCCAAUAGUUUUACGCCAACGGCCACGCCUUGUAACAGUCCGGAUGGAAGCCCCGCCCAUUCAAGGUCACAAUCACCAGAGCCGUUCAGUUUUCCGCAAUUGAUUCUCAGUUCGGUGCCACAGUUUAUUAAGGAUACGGUUGGGGGCGGAGCGAAGAAGAAAGUCAUCAAAAGGGCGAAACCCGAAAGGGCAGAGAGUCUCGUGGGUAGAAUCGAGCGCAUCGGCAUAACCAACCUCAUGGGGGCCCCAGGCGCCCUCUCCAUCUCCGCAGGCCUGUACUCCCGACCGGCGUUGACCAGCCCCAUGGCUCAGUUGACUUGUCUUUUGCCGAACCCGGAGCCCCAUAUUAAAACUCUGCCUAACCAAAGAAAGCCAUCGGGUCUGGGAGUCCCCGGAAAGCCCGGCAGUGGCGCCCUCAGUAAGCGUCUCGAGCAGCUAAAUUCGCGCAAACAACGUCGUGGAGGAGUCACAAGAUCUGAUUUAGGGACAGUUUCGACGAAAAAACAACCGCCUGAAGUUCAGGAACAAACCUCCACUUUGGGGACUCUUAGUUCGUUGUUGUUUGGCCGCAAGGGGGGGCUGUUCUAAACAGUAUUUUAUCACCGACAUUUGCAAUAAAUUACAUAUMUUAUGUACCGUUUUUGUGUCAUUUUCAGGUGCUGUUAAUUUUUGUGUGAUAUUUUUGCACAAAUCGUUAUUUUCAUAUUUAAAUAAUCAUUUGGUGCUGUAAAUAAGGUUGAAUAAUUAUGGCUUAAAUAGGGUGUUAAAUUAUUAGCCAAACGUUUCAAAAUUAAAUAAUAGUUAUUCUGAGAAAAAUAUACAAGGUGUUGAAAAAAGAUUGUAAAGUAUUACAAUCUUUUUUUAACACCUUGUAUAAUAGUUACAGUUAUAGGAACUUGAGAUAAUUAUUCUAAAUGAUCAUUUUGUGUAAGAAUAUGAGAAAAAAUGCUGUAUAAAGUAUUUAUUUUACUAGUAAGGAAUCAAGUCGGUAGUAUUAUGUUGUAAAUAAAGACGAAUUUGAAGUG